AUGGAGAAUGGACAUAAUAUUCGUGAUUUCUCAGAAUUUUGUGACCAACUCAAUGAGAUUAGAUUGAAAUUCCAUAAAUGGGAUGGCUGCGAAAAAACUGUGGGGCUCUACUACUUGAUGGUUGGACUACCCUUUGCAAAUGCAAGGUUCAUACAACAUGCUUUAGAGCAAUGUAUCAGUUCAGUAAACACCACUGAAGCACAAAUUGUAGAAAGAAAUGCUAAUGAUCCAUUGUAUAUAUCUAGUUUCAUUCUUGAAUCACCACAGGUAGCUUUAAAUUUACUUCUGAGGCAUUUACCUUUAUUGAUGCCAAGGAAUAAGGAAGCUGCUGAUUGUUAUUUGAGAAUCAUCAGGCAGGUGCUUACUGAAUUAAUUUCUCCUCCACUGAAAAUAUAUAAUGAAUGUGUGGAGAUAAUGUCUUAUGUUUACAUCCAUCCUGCCUUCAGUAGUGAAGAAAAAAAAUCAUUCAAACAGUUGCUCAAGCAAGUUUUGAACAAGAUAAGUCCACAGAAUUUCAUCAGCUCUUCUGCAACAGAGUCCAGUGAUGAUUCAGUGAGUCCCAAUCCAGACUCUCAAGAAAAUUUCAAGCAAAGGCGAUCAAAUAGCCUGACUGUUCCUCAAGAGAUUAAUUCAAUUCCCAACUAUGAAAACUGGUGCUCCCAAGAAAAUCUCAGUGAACCCCCUUGCAAACCUCGUAGUUACUCACUAUCAAGUGAGAAGUCCCUUUUGGCAGGUAUCACUGGCUUACAAUCUAGUAGAUCAGAAACUAGAUUAGAGGAUCUGAAAUUGAUGAACAAUCUACCAGCAAUGAAGAGCAUAAUUUCCUGGUUGAAAUCCUUGAGAUUGCACAAAUAUAGUUGGGUGUUCAAUAAUCUCACAUAUAGUCAAAUGAUUAAUUUAACAGAGGAAACACUGCAAGAUAUAGGGAUUACCAAAGGGGCCAGACACAAAAUUUUAUUGAGCAUUAAUAAAUUGAGAGAGAGGUCCACCAUGUUGACAGAAUUGGAGACUGAAGUAAUGAAUGGGUGUGACUUGAAUAUAGCACUGAAGAAACUUAAAGGGGUUUUACAAAGUCCCUUGCAGAUAUCUCUGGGUGAAGAUUUGCCUCUGCAGUUCACUAAAGUCAUGGGAAAAGUUUGUACUCAGAUUCUGAUGCUACGGCAGCCCUCAGACGAUUAUAUCAUGUUGUUCACAUCUUUGUGUGAACGUGCCGAAACGAUGGACGCUUUCACUGAUGAUCAGAAGAAACGGUUGAACAUGUGGAAGUGUCAAUUGCUGGAAGGAGAUCCUGUCUCAAAUUUGAAUCAUAGGAAUCAAAAGAUAUCCAGUAGUAACAGAUUGAUGCCGGAGAAUAAGAACCUAACGAAAAUGUGCACCUCAAUUCAAAACACCUACGCCAGAAAAAGUUCUUCCUUCCCUAACAUGAAGAACAACACCCCCUGGACCGCUCAUCGGCACUCUGUCGGUAGCGUGACUCUGCAAAAUCAAUUAUUUCCCAUGCAAAAUCACCCCUUCGUUUUCGGUCGAGUCGCCCCCACCACUUAUACAAACUGUUUCAAUAAUGUCAAUGACGAUGUCAAAAUUCAAAGCGUCGGCGCCACACAAUUGAAAGUGAAACAGGACAAUUUGGACAUCGAGAGCAGUCUGGAGUCUCUUUGUAUUCAAAUGAUGGAGCAUGCCUUGGGACCUUAG